UUUAUAUAUACACAACAAUAUUCAAUGAUAAAGACAGACAAAAAAUCGCAUGUGCCAACGAGGUUUAAUCAACCCUCAAGUCCUUCAACUGACCGUGCCUCUUGAACUUUGAGUAAUUAAUGGUACACAAUAUGAGCCAGACAAAUCAAUACUCACUAUGUACAGUCUAAGGUUAAUCUCAUCGCCAUAACUACCAAACCCAAACAUAACUUUUAUUGAAGUAUAUCGCCCACUGGUGCUGACGUAAGUUACUAAGGUCUCUUGAAAUUUAUUUUUCUUUCUCCUGUAAACUAGUACAUAAACGUGUAAUUAUUCUAGAUCAGAAAUGAAUUAUCGCAAAUCACGUGUAUAUUCAGCUCCAAUACCAAAAAUGCCACCGGGUCUGUUAGAGUUAAUGGAAGGCCUAAGUAAAGAUGUCCUGAGAAAUAAUCCAAUAAAUAUUUACGAGUUUUGUGCAGACCACAUGCAGAAAUUGUUACAGAUCCGUGGUGAUAAGCAACUUCGAAGUGUAAGCUUAGAACAAAAGAUAACGAGGGCCCAAAAAAUUGUGAGGGAAAGGGCUAAACAGCGCCGUGAAGCGUAUGAUAAAGUACAAGCAGAACAAAAAGAUAACUUCCUGAAUAGUCGUAUUUUAUGUCAACACUCACAUGAAGCAGCAAAUGUUACUCCACAAAACACACAAGUUUCAGAAACAGAAUUACUUGUCAAUCAAGUAUGCAACCAUGAUGCAGACGAUAAGAAUCCCAUAAAAGAACAGAAUAAUGAUUUUUUAAUUUCAAAUCCUGAAGCCAAGGAUCUAGAUGUAAAUAAGCAAAAUACCAUUGUUUGUAUAAAUUUUGAUAAAGAAGACAAUGAGAUCGUAGCUCUAAAUUUGGAUGAAAUGAUAGAAAUAUCUAAUAAUGACGAAAAAUUUGACGGUAACCAAAGUCUGACAACACACAUUGAACCAAGCUUUGAAUUAAAAGAAAACUUAAAUAAUAUAAUUGACGAACUCGAAGGCAAUUCUAUUGAAGGGCAAAACAUAGAAACAGACGAUACUACAUUGAAUAAAACGUCUAUACUUAUAGAAAAUCCGGAGCCUCACGAUGAUAAAUGCGUGCAACCCGAAAAAAAACAUGGUGAAAUUCAACCGUCACUAGUUUUAAAAAAUGGUGCUAAUGGUGAAUCAGAAUUGAUAAUACCCAAGUUAGAACAAUCAGUAUCGGAGCAAGCAAGUGUAGAAAGUACGGAACAAAUUCAAGAAAACAAUACAAAAAUGGAUGCGUGCACAGGGGACACGGAAACUCUUCUUGAAAAAAAUAAUGGCAAUGAUUUAAUUAACGAUGGAACUCAUCAUAAUGGCAUGGAUUUAGAAACUGCUGCCAUAACUAUUCAAAAAGUAUUUCGAACUUUUCUUUUUAAAAGUAAAACAACAAGUAUAGAUGACGCUACAAACGUGGAUAUUAAUUUGUUUAUUAACGAUAAGGACGAGAACAUAAAUAUUUCAAAUGUUAAUGUUAAUAUAAAUAAAGAAAGAAGAGGCAUAAGCAGAAUGGAUACCGUAUUGCAAACCGUAAAUGAAGAAAAGUCUUUAUCAUUAUCUACCGAUGAUUCUUCGACUUUAUCUAGUGCAGCCACAAUUAUACAGGCGCAUAUAAGAGGAUUUCUUGUAAGAAAUAAAUUAAAUGUUAAUAAAGCCUCGUCUUCCUCUCUUCUUGACUCAGAAUGUUUUUCUGGAGCUUCUAUGGAAACAGAUAGUGAUCAACAAAAAGGUAAAACUAUUCUAAAUAUACAUAUUGUUCCUGAACGCGGGCACUUUACGAGCAGAGAUGAAAGUAUCGUAACGUCAAUGGAUUUAUCUAUGGACAAUAGUCCACCCUGCUCUUCCAAUUUACAUCCGCAUAGUUACGAUAUUAACGAACGAAGAAAACAAUUGAAACGAGAAGACGCUGUUCAAUCUGUCUCUCCGCCUAGCAAUAACAGCAGUAGUAAACAAAGCGAAGAUGUAGACUCAGUGAGGGAGAUGUUAAUAUCGGACAAUCCGAAUGAUUCAUCGAAAAAUAUUACCGCCGAGCCGUUAACUCAAAGCAAUAAUGAUGAAUGUUCUUCACAUAAUGAAAUUCAAACAGCUGUAGAAAAAGAAAUGAAUGAGCAUUUACCACAUGUGUCUAUUGUAAAUCGCAUGUCGUCUGAUGAAUCGGAUGUGGUGACGCCCUUCAUUGAACGUAGUACCGGUACUGGUUCAGAUAAUGUCAAAUUAAUGCAUUCCAGUGAGUUUCAUGAUGUAGUUUUACCCACUAAGGUGUCACGAAGUGACAAUUCUGUCGUCCGUGAAUUCCAUAAUGUGUUAGCGUACUUUUUGUUAUGGAAUUAGCCAGUUAACAUUCAUCGCGAGAUUACCAAAUUAUUAUCAUAUCACUGCUGUAGAAUUUUUAUUAAAACACAUUUUAAAC